AGUGAAUACGUAAAGACCGGUCAUCACUACAACUGAGCCAGCGGCCGUGUAAGGAUCCUUGCCGAGAUGUCUGUUUGGAUAACACCACCACUCUUGGAAAACCCAAGCGGACCCCUGAAUAUAAGUCAGGAGGUCUUGAGAAGUGUUUUAUACGGCAAAUGGUGCAACGUUUUUGGAGGCCAAAAGGAACUCACGUUUAAACCCGGUGUUUUGGAGAAAGUGGACUACAAUUCCGAUGAAGGUAAAAAAAUCUCACGUUUCUAUCUUCAUUACAUUAAGAGUAUAAAUUAUUACAUCGUAGAACCUGAAUGAAAUAGAAAAUACAGCGCGAUUAAAGACCCUGUUGCGUGCUUCGGCACCUCUAGAGUUUUGAGCAAUGAGAAAUUAUGUAAUUACUUCUCUUUAAACUAGUGUUUAGUUACGGGCAUUUAAUACUGCUUUCUCAUUUUCCCUGUUUCCACGCGUAGCGAAACACACUGUCAAGGGCUCGUAAAUUUCGCAUUACAUAUUCUUUUGGAAUUUAACUAAGGAAUGCCAUUAAUUUUUAACGACUUAGGGAAGUUUAUAGUCUCUAGUUUAUUUUAAUGAGAACUCUGGUUUUAUUAAACACGCACCUUUUUACUUUUUUGUAUUCAGAGUGUAGAUGCUAACCUUACACCUUUCGCCGUACAGCUUUGAUAACUUAAAAAUAUACUAAGGCAGGCAAGGAGAAAGAAAACGAACACAGUGUGUAAAUUUGCAAAAUCGCGUGAGAUUAUCCUCGCUUUCAUAUAUUUUUACGCAGCCUUAGAAAAUGUCGCUCCGGGCUGAUUCGAAAUGUUUUUUUUUUACUUAUGAAACUAAACAAAAGCACAACACAGUUCAUUGAAUAUGAGUUAAAGUUGUAGACACGCCCUUCUGCACGUGUCAUCACAAUUCCUAUAACGCGCGAACGAAUGUGAACGACCGUACGUGUUUUACUCAAUGUCUUACGAACGUUUUGUACUGUUUCCGGCUGUCUGGUGGAAUGGUCAUUAGUGUGUGAUCUACCAGCAAACAACUUUUCAAACAUGAAGGCGAAAAUGCUUCCUUAUUUCAAUUGUAAUUUCGGAACGAUAAUAAGGUUUAAAUACCCAAUUUGCUUUGGGCAGGUGGACCUACUCCGAAUGAAUAUGCAUGUCAACUCGGAAAUUUAACUAAAAACACUUAAUUCUACCGGGUUUUGUAAACUGGCAGUGUUUCUUGGACUUUUAGGCUCUUUGAGCAAAGUUCAUGCCUUAUCGCUGGAUGUUUUUGCGAUUGCAAAUCGCAACAGGGUGAGAUAAUUCCAAUGUUUUCUUUUUGCUCGGCAAGUGAUUCCUAAGUUAUCGAAAAAGGUGACCUACAUUGAAAUUCUCGAGUGUUGAGGUGACAUUGCACAUCAAAGGAAAUAGAGAGGAAAAAGAAAUAUGUUUGAUCUUGUGUAAUUUCGAAUUUGAUUUUCGAGAGAAAUUAGCAUGUUUGGACAUUUUUUAUCGUGUAAUUAAUGUCUGCUAGCUGGCAUUAAACAAAGAUUAGCAUAUCAAAGCACAGUAACAUGAUGUAGUAACAAUGACCAGAAAACAGUCAAACUCAAAGCAAUGAAUGUAGUUAGACAAACGCGCUUCCUACGACAACUUGCCAGGCUCUGCCCCCAACCACGUGACUGCGAGUCAAAGAAGACCUCGCCUCUAUCGCAACAUUGCAUCUACUUGGAGAAAGUAAAACCAAACAAAACAAAACCAGCCAUUGAAAGAAAGUCGAUGAAGCUGCUUGUUUUUAUAAAACAAGCUUCCGUGCUCACUUAAUUCAAAUACGUGUGCCGUAUUGUUCAACCUUCUUUACUUUCGCAUUGUUUAUGAAAUUUUACCAAUACCCAAAUAAAAACCUAUUAUGAGAGAAGUGUUCAGUAAUGAAAAAUCGCGAACCAUAUCCUUCCUCUGCAUAUCUUAACUUCCGCAAUCAUCUCCAAAUUUACUUCUUUGGUUUGUGUUUCACACUGUGUUCUCCAUCAAAGGCGAUUGUUUGUCUCUGAUAAGAGCCCAAAGCAUAACAAUUCGUUAGAGAUUAAUGCGUCGCGUAAACCAUCCCUUUCUACCUGCUUAUCACAGUGUAUUUAGCACGUUCCUUGGGUUUACUUUAAUUCAAGAUCAUAAAGAUUAUUAUUAGAAAAUCCUCGAAGCAGGUGGCUUCGCAUAAAUAACCUCACUAAAAAUCUAAAUCAUUACUAGUGAAGGAUAAAAGAAAACUAUUUUAUCUUUCUUUUUUUAAACCGCGCAUCACGCUUUCUCUUUCUUUUUCCCGUUUCGGUACUAUCUUAACUAAUUUAACAAUCUUCUAGUUCGGAUUUCUUUCUAGCGGCGAAAUGAAAUAAAACGUUAUGAAUAAUUGAUUGUACACGACUUCUGUUUACUGCAAUUGAAAACUACAUUACAGAAUAGCGUUUCGUUUUACGACCGUUGCAAAAAAGAGAGUUUCUUAUUUUUGCUAUACGUUUAUUCCGAAUUUUAACAAGUUCUUUCAAUAUGUAAAAUCUUUACUCCUUUUUCUGUUCCUGUUUUCAACAUCCGCUGACUUAAAAAUGCUCAUGACAAGCCGUAUUUUACUCACUUAAUGCAUAUAAAAACUGUAUGCAAGAAUACAAUUCAGUUAUCUCGACUAUAAAAAUCAAUUUUUGCUCAAAGGUAGAGGUGGAUUGCUCAGUUUUUAGGUGAUGAAAAUGUUGUAUAUUAGUACUAAUUGACUACUUUCUGGUUUUGUGUUUUUCCUGUUCUUUUUAGAACCAGACGCUGGGUACAUGAACAGUAUCAAGCGCGUUGGAUCAACGGCCUUGGUCCCGGUUCUAAGCAACGACAGCACCAAAAAUAAACAGUUUAGCCUCGAAAAUGACUCCUUUUUCAUGGCAUUUGUCUCCCUUCCGGAGCAGGUCACUAUAGCGCCAUCCUCAAUCCCGGGAGUUCAACUCGGAGUAUUCAGUACGUGUUGGAUCAAAGAGGGCACACAGAUGGGGCCAUACACGGGGAGGAUUGUUAAAAUUGAAGAACUCAGCUCCGACGUUGAUAACAGCCUCAUGUGGGAGGUAGGUAACUUCCACAAAUAACAUCAUGAUUCUCGAGUCUUAUCUUGUUUUGAAAUUACGUUAUGCAAGAUGCUGGCUAAACCUUAUCGCGUAAAAAAUCAGAAAGCGCCGUAAGAAAUACAGCCUAAGUCUGCAGGGAAUCGGAAUCAUAAUCAGUUAAGGACUGAAUCCGCUUUAUUAGAUUUCUUUUUCUUAAGUUAAGUCUUCUUAUUCACCAGUCUUUGAAGAAAUUCAAAAUAAAUGACUUUCAGCAAGUAAAAUGCUAAUAUAAGCUUGAUAUGCAAAGCUUGAUAUGGUUUCCUGAUGAAUUAAGAUUAACAUGUCUUAACUGUCGAAGAAUAAUGUAGAAGAAUUAAUUUGGUUUGGUUCACUUCUCAGCCGUAGAUUUUUUGUUACUAUUUACGUGCGUGAUUUCCUUUGCCUCUAACCAGAUAACUCUUGGUUACUAUACUGUGAAAAUAUGGUUUAGAUAAUUAAUAAACUUGUCUUCAACCGGAGAAAAUCCAAACACCGUAAAAACUCUCGUCUAUAAUGUGCAACGGGGAAUAAAAGCUGGUAGUUUCGAAAAACUGAUAAUCCCGGUGCAAAGCACCAACGAAAAAACUAAAGAGGGAGUGCUUAAGAGAAACGAAGUUAACAUAUAAGCUGAUAAAUAUCCACAAAAGUAAAGUGCCCAUGAUUCUGACUAUGUUUGAGUUGUACACAUGAUAUUUGAGGACCUCUUUGAUCGAUUCACAACACAUUGAAUUCUUUUGGCGUAGACAUUAUCAAAGAUGGGUACCCAGGCACGUAACUGUAACAUUUCUAUUUUCUGCGGCGUCAUGCAAGCAAGUCGUUUGAUUUACGAAACCUCACAGCAGAUAAAUGAGUUGGCCGGCUGAGUCUGAAUAUUUACCACGCAAAAUGCGAGUUGAAUGGCGGUAUUUUGAUGCUGCAUCGCCGUAAUCGAUUGAAUAAUUUACCUGCGCGCACUUUUUAGGUUCUUAACGAAGACGGUUCAGUGAGCCAUUUUCUCGAUGCCAAAGACGAAAACCCGCGCAACUGGAUGGGCUUUGUUAACUGCGCAAGGAACGAACAGGAACAGAACUUAGACGUGUUUCAGUACGGAGGAAACAUUUACUACCGCGCUGUCAAAGAUAUCCCACCUGAUCAAGAACUGUUGGUUUGGUAUGGCGGCACGUAUGUUCAGUUCCUUGGCAUACCUGGUAUAGCGCCUGUAAACGACUUUGUCCGAAGAAAGCGAAGAGGACCCGAGGACGAUGAACUUCCAGGUUUGUAUUGCAUGAUAAUGUAACAUUGAAAAUUAAGUUUCUAAGCUUCCCAGGGCAGCGAAGGUUAAGAAUGUAGAAAUAUUAUUGAGCAGUGGAAAGAAUACCUAAAAAAAGAGCUAAUAUUUAAACUUGCACGUUUUCAUCCACUAAAUAGAAAGUUAAAAGUACAAUAACAUUUGGAACCAAACUACAACUAAGAAGUAUAUUAAAAGAUAAAUGGCAGUACAAUGUAGUGUUAUAAUAUGAAACCCUUAUAUCGUAUGUUAGAGAUUCUCCGUUCAACUAAAUCGCAUUCGCAAUCUAAAUCUUAUUAGGGGGUAUUUCUGAAAGAUAUCGACGAGGGAAAACAUCACUGUAUCAGGCCAACCUGGUCAGUAUAAAAAAAUGCGCGUUCUGAAAAUUUUGUUGUUAAAAAUCUAUUCUAGCGGUACGCGUUUCGAAUUAGAUUCUCUGAAUACUUUAACAAUUAUGAUAUUUGGCAAUAUCCUACUCUGUAAACCUAAAAAGUGAAGUUACGCACGUUUUUCAUAGAAUGCUUGUUACAGCUUUGCAUAAUAUACAUGUUUCUGAGGAAAAAAGUCUUACAUUGCAAUGAUCUCGAAUAGAGUUUCGGUAACCACACUCACAUUACUGUUACAAGUCACAAACUAUCGAUGCUACAAAUCAACUCGAUCUUAAACAUUGCACGCCAAAAUGGGUUAAUAUUCAGGUUGUUCGUGCUGCUGAAUUUGUUAAAUUUACAAGCCAACUUAACUCAGUCCACAGGAACUGCAAAAACAAACCCUUUUUAUUUCAGUCUGUUUGUUUCAAAUGACUCUUUUGCUUGUGACGCGCGCAAUACGAUGAUUAUAAAACCUUUCCUAGCUAUUACUGAAAUGUAGAUCUUACAUUCGCUUAUGUCAACUGCCCAGGUAUACUUUGAGUAUUUGCGAAAUUUAAUAACAUGGUUUGCCAGUCAGUACUUAUGCAGUUAUGCGAGCAGCGAAAAGCCUUGCUGAGCCAUCAAAUUUGUUUUAUUUUUCUUCGCCGGAACUGAAUUCAUUUCUGCACGGUAAUAUUUUAGCCGCAGCUUUAUUACAUCCAUUAGUACAGCGCUUUUAUUGAAAUGUUUCUUCUGAGUGUUAUAUGGCUAUAUUACCAAAUAAUCAAAUAAUAUUGUGUCAGCUAGAGAAAAAAACAUGCCAGACCUUUCUUUAAUUCUUUAAAUCGCGUGUAUCAAGAAGACCUUUCAUUUUACUAACUAGAAAACUCGACUGGUAAAACAAACCGAAUUUAACUGCGUUCUUAAUAAUUAGAAAAGAGGGUACGUUUUUGUCGAAUUUGCAUUUCCAAAAGCAUGGACCGGGAGUUAAUGAAUCCGAUAAACAUUAAAAAUAUGGUGACGGCGGCCCUUCGCUCUAGAUUAGUUCGUGUGAGGUAGUAAACCUUGCCUCAAAGACAAUCUGUCAUUUUACAAAUUUCAAAUUACGAAACAAGUACGUAGACGCCUAGUGUUUUCUUAAUUAUGAUUUCAUCUGUGGGGUGUAAGCUCUUUGGAGGCGUUAAAUUAAGGACGAAAAACCGUGAAGCCGUGGACUGAAGAACAAUACUCAGAGUUGUUUAAGUCGGUUAAAAUUGUUGUAGUAUACAGCGUUUUUUUUUUCUUUCAACGUCUUCAAAUGCGUUUUUAGCACUUGUUCUGUGCGCAAAUUUUUGCUGUCUUCCUGUAAAUUAAUUUCGCUGGUUUUGAAGCCACAAAAACAAACGAUUCACUGAGAUAAAUGCGGUAAUUAUUAGUUAGUUAAGCCUCGAGCUAACAUCAACUCGCUGAUGCCUUCUGAUGUACGCCUAAUGGCAAUUCGCAAAUUACAAUUUCAGUUUUGGUUUCUUUCCUUGUUUCUUACACCCACUCGAGCCCUUGCAGCUUGUAAGUAAUAAUGAUUAAUACAUAAUGUUUCCGGUAGAAAAACUCAAAACGUCUCCGUUGUAAACUUAGAUCGAAUUCACUUGGCAUGUUAUCAUAAAUUCUUAAUUUGGAAAUAACCUUUAAAAGAAAAAAAAGCAUAAAACCAAUAAAAGAAGACGACUGCGAAAAUGGGCGAGAUAUAGCUAAAGUAUGAACCAGAGUCGUUUGCUCUAAGAUUGUUAUUUCUCCUGAUAGCCAAAGUAAAUUUACUCAUGACGUUUAUUUUAAAGAAAUAGAAAAUAGAUUGUGUUACUAGUGCUCCAGGACAGAGAAGAGAGUACAGGGUUAAGACAGCUGUAUUUCGAUUAAUUUAGUAGGCUUUCAAGAAAAAUCAAUUAGUACGCUAGGGUAUAAAAUUAAUAAUGGAUUAACUAUAAUGAUUUGUAAACGAUUCCAAUUCGGCAUGUUUAAAAGUGUUCAAUUAAAGGGAAGUUUAUUUAAACGAAGUGGUUUAAUAAAAAGAGCCUUAGCAAACAGAAAGGAGGAGUCUCUGUAUAGUAUUAAAAACGACCUUUCGCCUGCUCGACGCCACUUUUUUAUGGGUAAAAAGCCAGAUUUUCUCACUAAAGUACCCUUCUUGCAAACCGUAAUAAAGAUUUUAACUUGUAAGCAAAUUAAACUGGAGAAGCGAAAAGAGAAAAAUCGAUUGUGAACACUGACUCGCAUUGUUAAUUAUGCUUCACUCAAGACUAGGCUUUCUCUUUCUUUUCUUGUUUUUGGCGCUAAUGAAAGAAAACAGGUGAUUUCUGCUAUAUCUGUAAAUCAGUUCCUUUGUAUUAAGAUAACAUCAUACUAGUUUUGUUGAAAUUCUAUCUUGCUUGAAUGGCUUGCUACUCGAAAAAAUGAACGUGAUGGCGGAAUACCCAUUGUGAAGCCAGUAUUUUUAGCCUUAAGCCCUGUCGAGGUUUUCUUGCUCCAAAUGUUCUUCGUUUUUCUUACAUCAAUUUAUUGUAACAAAUCACACCAAAAUGGGUCAAGAUUUGGUAAAUCGGGGCUCUUUUAAUCAUGCUUGACGUACUUCUCUGUUUAAUUUGGUUUUAAUUCAUUAGGUUUCGAGAUUUUUUUCUACCACCAAUAAACAAUACCUUGGCAACUUUUACUUAUUUCAUUUAACUCAAGAUUUAGCGGCUCUCACUCGAAAGUGUGUCCUUUAAUUAUUUUCUGCUGUGUAUAUGCCUUUUAAUUACAUCAGUAUUUCUUGAAUCUCGGAAUAAAUGCGGUGGGUCCGAGCCACAGUUAAUUAGGAGUUCUAAAUUGGUUUUAUUGAGUUCGUCACCUGGUUUCGAAAGACAGCUUUUUUCUUUUUUUCUUUUUCUUUCUUCUUCGCGCUUAAUUGUAAAGAAGUGUUUGCGAUAAAUGCACGUAUCACAUAACAUGAAUCAACAAUGUCAUUUCUUUUUUCUCGGCGAAGCUUUUGCGUUAAUCGAAAACCAUUCAAUCGCGCCCCAGGUUAUGAGAUAAAUCUAAGUUUGCUUGCUAAAACACUUCUUUCGGUUCCAAGUAAAAAAAAAAAGCCACGCCCGACCUUAUCAACUGGAAAACGUUUUACUUCGGGGCGACAACAAUGUCAUAAUCAAGGCGAGGUAUAUUAACUGAUGCUCAAAUCUGCCACGGUUAGCUACAAUAGGGAAGCAGGUCAAACAAAAACAGCGGCAGUGUGCGAUUUUUUUUGGUCGAAAAGAAGUGAAAUGAACUUUUUUGAAUUUACCUGGUUUAAAUGCAAAAUCAAUAAACAAAUAAUAUUCCACAAUGCGGUUAAAUAACGCACUGGAAGUUGAAAGAAAUUCAGUUUCUUUUAAUUUUCGCUUCUGUACUAUGCUUUAUUCCAUCAUUACAUCGCUAACAAAAGCGCGUGCCAUCAGAAUUCUUUUCAACUCAAUCAAAAUUUUUACUUCAAAUGAAACAGGUCUACAUUACUCAGAUUGCAGCGCACAUAAUUGAAACCUUAUUGCACUUAAAUAAGAAUAACAUGCGAAAAUAAUUCAGUGUGCACACAGGAAUCGUUUGCUGUGCAAGGCUGUACAAUUUUUCGUGAAUGGUCGCCGUUUUGCGUGAGACCGAACUUUCUAGCUUGUUUAACAAAGCGGAAAAUUGCAUAAGGAUAGUUGCGAUUUUUUUGGUCCUCAAUUUUUAAAAUAAAUUCUUUUUGCUGCCUCACUGAUACUGAUUAAACACAAUGUAUUUAAUAUUUCAACAUUUCGGUUUAAUUACUGAUAAAUCCUUAUUCACCUUGAAUAGGAAGGUGGGGGAUAAUUCGAAAAAUAGACUUCAAAAUCUUUAUGGCCAUAGCUACCAGAACAUUAACAAUGCUUCACAAAAACUUCGCAGUGAGAAUAACAAUUUAACAGUUGCUAAAAAUGUAAUAGAUAUAUCUUCUCAGCGGCAUGAUAAAGUUUUUUUUUUUUCGCUCAAUUGUACGAAGUACGUAUUAACAAUACUAAGUUGAAUGUCGCAUACUUGUUCGUCUUCUUUUUUGUCAUCAAAUCGGUAUUCUAUUUUUUAAAGAAAUAAUGUUUUGAUUUUCUAUAUGAAGAGGAUUUAGUUAUUUCAAUUUCGAUUUCACACUGUUCGUAAAACGCUUUGUAUAAUUUCCAGCUCAGCGUGAAAUAUUUAUCUUGGAACUGAACUACUGGGACCACUUUCCACAUUUCCUGCGCCCUAUUGUACGUUUGAAAACAGGAAAUAGUGUCCAACCGGGCUAUGAAUUGCAGGCGAUUUUGUGGGAAUAUUAAUUCUAGCGAAAUGCCUCGUUGUUUGUUAUUGAAAAAAACUACAAGUUGACUAAUCUUCUGUGUUCUUAUUCUGUUUAUAGCAGAAGACCAAAUGUACAAAUUUAACCCCGAACGAGUUAAAAACAACGUUGUACCUGGCAGACUUAAAUGUACGCUUUGCAGACGAGGCUUCAACUCUCGUAGUAAUUUGCGUUCACACAUGCGCAUACACACGCUUGAAAAACCGUUCCAGUGCAAGUACUGCAAGAAGUCGUUUUCUCAGUCAUCAACGCUUCGGAACCACACCAGGCUCCACACGGGGGAAAAGCCUUACAAGUGCAAAGUGUGUCACUUCGCCUACUCGCAACUAGCAGGACUACGAGCUCAUCAGAAGUCGGCGAGGCAUCGGCCAUUGCACGAGGCAGCGAAGGCAGCCGCCCAGCAGUCGAAAAGCCUCCACGAUGAAACAGCUCUCAGUGAACUUUCACCAGACUCUCCUGAUUUAGAAAGCAUCUCGCAAUAGUUACUUUUUACUUAUAAAAAAAAUAAUAACUAUUACAACAUAAGAAAUAAAUAUGUAUGAUAAAAAGCGUCCAUUGAAUCACCGUUUCAUAGUUUUCCUUCGGAACGCAAAUUACUCUCAAUUGAUCCGGAUCAUCUUUAUUAACCAAUAGUGU